CAUGGUCACAGUGUCUCCGCUACUACCAUCCAGUGGUCAAGAUGUGAAAACUCAUUGGAACACAAACGGUGCCGUUUGGAGAAAUGGUCCUUAAAAACAGUUUUUGUUUGAUAAAUUUUGAGUAAUGUGGCGUUCCAGUGAGCUUUGAGCAAGUUGAUGGGAAGAUGUGGUGCUACCAGAAGCCAGGAUUUGAAGCCCUCCUCGUGGCCGCGUUGCAGAGACAGCAACAGCACCGACAGUUCUGUGACACCUUGCUGCAGGCAGAAGGUGUUUCUGUGCCAGCACACAGUUGUGUCCUUUCGGCCAUCAGCCCUCAGCUCUCGACUGCUCUGUCCUCCUCACCGGUGCCGCCAGCUGGACGAGAGCAUCUGCUGAAAUUUGGGACUGUGGGCGCCAGAGCUCUGCUUCAUGUGGUCAGACUGUUGUACUCGGGGGAGAUGGCCGGAGAGGGGGAGAGUGAGAAGCACGAGGCUGUAUCGGCAGCAGCCAAGUUGGGCAUUCUGGGGCUGGUGGAGGUCACACGGAAGCAGGGGCAAGGCCGCACGGGCAAGGAGGUGGGUGUACAGACUGAUCCAGUGGAGCUCAGCGAGAAGGAAUUCAUCUGCUGGAGGGGAGAAGUGCGUGCCGGCAGUGCUAUUAUAUGGAACGAGACGCUGUCAAGCGGCAAAAAAGACGCAAUGGCUGAAACAGAAGCGAUGCAAGCAAGCUCCACGUCCUCUUGUAAAUCCGUACCUGCCUAUGAGACAAUUGACAUGGCUCAGUUAAAGAGUUUAGGUCAGGCCGACAAUCAUGCUGUCCUACCAAAUGUUCCGGCUCCACUCAUUUACUUGCUCGAUGAAGCUCGAAAUCUUCAAACUUCUCUGGAGGCUGAACACUCAGACACCCCGCGGGUUGUUGACUCCCAGAGCAACCCUCAGGCAGAUGCCAGAGCUUUAGAGGGUAAAAGAGCGGAACUUGAGCGGUUUCAUGAUGACAUCCCAGGAUUCAUCAACCACUUUUUCAACCCGAACUCUGAAGAGGCGUUGCACACGGGGCGAACUAAGAAGAAGCCGCCCGGCAGAGCCAAGCGGCGUGGAGGAGGUGAGAGACCAGCCCGGACGCCGCAAGCUCGCAGAGGAGGAAGGAGGAGAGGCGGGUGGACGCAGACGGUGGACGUACAGGAAGUUGGCGUGAGCGGGCAGCACAAGUCGCUCCUGCAAAGGUGUGGGAUGGCAACCUCUAUGAGGACAGGCCAAGGUGGAGGAACCGCAGGCAGGAAGUUACAUCUGAAGACUCGACACGCUUUGGGAUUGCUCUGCAGCCCUCAGAGGAGACGAAGGCGGCCCAGAGUGUGGGACUUUGGCCCGAGUGAACAAAGUCACAACUGGAUGAGGGCAGAGGACAACGUGAAACGUCACAGGAGGAACGAAACACUGCAGGAUACACAGAGUCCUCCACGUCCAAAGACCAAGUCAUCACCAAAGCAUCAGCCUGCCUCCGUUAUUGGAAAGCGUUAUCCGCUCAGGAGUAGAUACAAGGAUCAGCCACACCUGGAAAAAGUAUGGUCACAGUUGGACCAACCAGUCGGUAAGCGAGGACGAACCAAGAAGACGACGCGGCUUCCCUGUGAAGUUGAUGGUGACGCACUUGAGGUGGUUGAAGACAGAUGCAAAAACAAUGCCACUGUGGAGGAGGCAGCGACAAGGGCGGCAAAGAGGCGAGCCCAACCCGAAGAAAAGAUGAGAGAUUUCAGCAGUGAAGCCAAGAGGAAACGUUUGGAGCCAAUUGUUCUGCUUCCUGUGAAGUUGUCUGUUGAGCCCACCGCGCUGGCCAACACAGGAGAUAAUGUAUGCAAAGAAGAGACGAGGGUGGCCGAGCAAAACAAAGACCUUGACACCAUGAACGCAGAGGUUAGCCUGGGAACAGGAAGUGAGGAGGACAUCGACGUGAUGGGAGCGUUGGGAUCCAUCCCUGAUCCAGUAAGCAUCACCUGGUCACUGUCUUCAGAGAGCGAGGAGAAGGAGGAAGCAGAUGAGGAGAUCGACGUGGUAGGAAGGGCAGACUUGACUUCUUCGCCAGUGGCCUUCACUGUGAGCAAUGCUGUGAACAGGAUGUGUCAUGGUGAGGUACACGGACGCUAG